UUGCGGGCCUUUCAAACAUGGAGGAGCGGGAGCGGGGGGCGAGGUCGCCUGGCGCCGGGAGCCCGGCGGGCCCGCCCAGCCCGCGGUUGGAUGUCAACUCGGACAGCUUCGACCCGCUGCUGGCCCUGUACUCACCCCGCCUGCCUCCCAUCCCCUACCCCAACGCGCCCUGCUUCAACAACGUGGCCGCGUACGAGACCUUCCUCCGGACGGGGUCCCGGGGCGGCGGGCGCGGGCGGGCGCGGGGCGCAGACCCAGCCUCAGGGGCCUCCGCCGCCGCUCGACCCUCCAGCAGGACCCGCCGCCGUGCGGACGCCGCCGUCCCGGACCCCGAGCGCAUCGAGCGCCUCCGCCGCCUCAUGGUGGUCAAAAAGGAAGGGGACGAGGCCGACCGGGACAGCCGCCGGCCUCCGGGCCGGAGCAGGAAGGCGCCGCGCAACGUGCUCACGCGAAUGCCCUUGCACGAAGGCAGCCCUCUGGGUGAGCUCCAUCGCUGUAUCCGGGAAGGGGUGAAGGUGAACGUUCACAUCCGCACUUUCAAGGGGCUUCGGGGCGUCUGCACGGGCUUCCUCGUGGCGUUUGACAAGUUCUGGAAUAUGGCACUUACUGAUGUGGAUGAGACCUACCGAAAGCCUGUCCUAGGCAAAGCGUAUGAGCGGGAUUCUUCAUUGACUCUCACCAGGCUAUUUGAUCGACUAAAACUUCAGGAUUCUUCCAAGAAGGAGGCAGACUCUAAGUCUGCAGUUGAAGACUCCACUCUGUCCAGAUACUCCCAGACAUCCACUUGGAAGGUAGCGUCAGUGUGGGGAAGAGGAGACACUGACCGGGGUUCACGCAAACCUUCCCGCUCCGUUCCUUCCUCCCUGCAGGCGUCCACAAGGGAGGAGUCCCGGUCCGAGCUGUCAGGGAGGACUCUGCGGACAGAAGGGUCUAGUGUGGGAGGUACCUUUUCCAGAGCUACCACACUUUCUAGGGGCCAGUCCCGUAAGAAAAAGAAAAAGCCCAAAGUAGAUUACCAAAAGGUAUUCACUAGACACAUAAAUCAGAUUUUCAUUCGAGGAGAGAAUGUCCUGCUGGUUCAUCUGGCACAGUGACCGCUCAGCCUCACUUGAGCUUUGGCUUUUAGAAAUAAAAUGCAUGAACUGCUGCUAUGCUGUAUCCUAGUGUCCCAGUGAAUCCCUGAGUCGGAAUGAUUCCCUCUGGUACUGCAUGUGUUGAGGAGGUAGCCAGGCUUGGGCUCUCGGGGAGAUGAGCGCCCUCAAGGGAGACAGGUCUUGGGAGGGUGGGCGUUUGCAUGAAUAUCAAGGCUAAAGCUGCACACGGGCACAUACAUCUGAUUUGGGAUUGUGGUCUACUUCAAACACUCAAACCAAAGAUAAGACCUUCCAUUUGAAUCAGGAGUUAUGUUGUCAGUUGAGUUCACCCCAUGGACUCCAUAGCAUGGGGGAAAGAAACUCUCGUUGUACAAGGUGGUGCGCUGAGUACUCAUGAAUUCGAAUCUAAGAGGAGCAGUAUACCCUGCCAUGGAGCCCUGCACUCAUAUUUUGUAACUGACUGUUAAAUUUUGCUCUAUACCAUUUUCUCUUAAUCAGGAACUGUAAUCUGUGGAUAUCUAUAAGAGCUCAGAAAGCUGCCAACUUAUGUAAGGGUAAAAUAUGAAUAGUUGGUGUGCUUAAAGCAGCCAGCAAUGAAUGCCCUGUUUUUAUCCCUCUCCUUAUUAUGGAAAGGAAUAGGGGACCUCAGUGGUCUUUCCUUACCAGUGGUAACUUCUGUGAAUGGCAUACCAGGUGGGACUGUAAGAGGCUCACGUGGUGGCUUCUUGUCCUUCUCUCUAACUUCUGUGGCAUGGUGCUAAUGCAUGUACCCUGUGUAUUGCCCCUUUCUGACCUGUCCUGUGAGCUUUAUGGCAAGGGACUGUGACCCUCAUGUCUGGCUUCAAAGAGAGUGCUGCAUGAACUCAGUAAUACACAUGUGUCAUACAGCUGAGAGUCCCCUUUCCAGGCAGGGCUGGCCCAGUGUAGAAUAUCUUUCCGAAUGGUUUUCCACGGGGCAGUGGUGGUAGUUUCAUUAUUUUCUUGUGUCAGGCCAAAGAGGUUCUCACAAACGACAGUGGUGCUGCCCGAAAGGGGCACCUUGCUCACAGCCUGACGGCAGUCGCAGGAACACCACAGCGCUCGCUAAUGCUGCUUGAGUCAUGGUCACGUGCGGAAUAGGCGACAUCGCGACACAGACUGUUAGGCAAUAUUGUUUUUUGUUUUGUUUUGUUUAUAUUUGGUUUUAUUGUAGGUAACUCAUGUUCAAAGCGAAAAUAAGAAAUAGCUACUAGUUAAAAUGCUUGAAAAGAAAAAUUUCUCCUGCUGUAUUGGUUGUGUGACUUAGAUAAGCCUUUGAAAAGCAGGGUUAAUAGAGUUUAUGGAGCCAGGAUGCCUUGUCCUUCUGCUAGCUGGGUCACGGGCUCAUUGUAUAACAAAAGGAGAGCAGGCUUAGUCCCUCUGUGCCUCUGUUUUUCCCUGUCAGACACUUUCCUCACAGGGGCACUGAGACUGUUUUAGGAAGGCAUUUCAAACUUUCUGAACAUGUGUAAGUGCCAUGAGUGGUUUUUAUUAACUCUAUUUCAUAGUUCGGUAAGAAAUCUUACAAGCAAGGCAGGUGCCACAUAAGGAAGUGAUCCCUGUAGGUGUCAUAAUUAUGAUCUUUCUGUGGUCAGAAGGCAGUGAUAUCUUCAGGAACUAUUUUCCAUGUUCCAUUCCUUUCUUCUAAGGGACAAUGGAUGUUUCAGAAGAAUAUCUUCAGUAAGAGGAGAAUAACAUUUCUUUGCUGUGCCCCCUACAUCCUAGCCCCCACUAUCUGAUCAUUGUCAGACAGAAUUCCCCUGAACUUCCUAGGGGUUUAUAUGACAGUACCAGAGGGAGAAUGAGCAUCGAAAAAUGACACAUCCCCACAAGGGAAUUUGUGGAAACUGUUUUGUUUAUUUAUUUUUUUUAUUUUAAAAUGUAUCUUUAUGCUUUUUGGGCCAGAGCAGACCCACUAAACAUUCAAAGAGGUUCCUGGUCACAGACUUGGAACAGUCAUCUUUGGGACCUGCCAGUCUCAUCUCUUCUAAAUGGUGUGUCUGAGAUCUUGGCCCUCCAGUUAGCAGUGUCGUGUUAGCCCUGCGGCCCCCAGGCUCUGCCUCUGCACUGGCCCGCCCAUGUCCGGCCGUCCCCAUCUGCCUCCCCGCUGGCUCCUUGGCCGGGAGCCGUGAUGGAUGCUAGGUCCUCCCAGUACAGUUGAGCUUUGAAACGAGAAGGAAUAUAAUCAGUUUCUAUUCAUUCUAAAGAUUUAAUCAUGUCUGACUAAAUCCAACCUGAUUUACUUUAAACACAUGCUUUCUUUCAUGUUUGUAUACAAUUUUCAUAUAUCCAUAUAGGACUGAUGUCCUUUUCUGCCCAACUUGACAAUCCCAGCUCUGAAAAUUAUUAUAAAACUGUGUAACCUGUUUUACGUGCCCAUUUAUUUGUUUGGUUUGGACAGUGAUCCCAGAAUGAAUGAACUAUCUAAUAAUGUGCUUUUUGUACAAAGUGUGAUACUUUUUUAGAAAAGUCAGUUUUUAAAAAUCAUUGCCUUUUUCCUUAUUAUUGGAGAAAUUUUUCCUGAGGAAGAAAAAAUAGGUCCUAACAAUGUGUAUGCUGCUCAAAACAAUGUGCUAAUCCAGACCUUACAGUGAACUGCUGUGGAAAUGACUGAGUCUCUCUCGGGAGGGGGGAAGGGGCAGAACGGUAGGGUCCCAGGGUCUGAGCCCCCACCGCUCGCCCCCAGGGGCUCGGAGCAGCUGGGGAGCAGCAUGGCCAGCUUCGGUGUUCUCCCGGAGACUUGGGUUGGGGAACGUGGUAGGAAGAGCACUUGUUUUUGAACAUCCAACUUUGGUUCUUCAGAGCAAUCCCUAAACUUGGGGAUGUGUUCUCUAGACAUUUUCACAGGGCAUACCUCUUUUCCUGUUGAGGCGCUCCCAGGAGUUCCCAGCUUUGUUAGGUAAGAACAAGGGAUUAAGAAAUGGAAGAUAAUGGUUUCAACACCCAGAAACCGUGUGCACUCUUUGCACAUAGAAGUAAUUCCACUGUCUACCAUGAGGAGGACUUGCACCUCCGCUGGUUCGUUCUAGUGUCUGGGACGCAUUUCUGCUUCCUUUCGGGACCAUCUUACGGCAGAGGUGGGCCGUGGGGAGGCAGGCAGUGAGCGGCGGUGGCGGCGGCGAUAGCCUGCUCUCUGUGCACAGAGCGUGUCAGGUCAGAAAGCCCAGAUGCCAUUAGUGGUGAAGUGUAGGUGCAUCGGAAUUCUAUCUCUGAGUUGUCAGUGGAUCGGGAAGGCUUUUUAUCUAUUUCUGUGGUGAGACAGUCCAGGAGCACUUCCAGAGACUGCCAGGUCGUGAGCUGUGAGCUGCCCUGAAUCCUCAGAGGCCUUCCAGAAAUGUGGGUGCACUGCUUCUAUCCCUUGAGAAAGCAUAAAAACCUGACUUGGUGAAGAGGACAUACUCGUGUUCCUGUCUGCACUGUACCUGCAGCAGCUGGCACGGGUAAAAUCGUGAAAUAGAAUAGAUUCUAUAAAUUACUUCUUUAAAUUUUGUCUUUAGAAAAAAAAUAAAUUAUUCAAAGACAGCUGGCUGUCACUGGUGCUGCUCUAGAGUUUUCCAGUCCUUUGUGUAGUUUUUUAUGAAUGAGAUGAUUGCUGUGGGAAGGUCAAGGUUUAUAUAAGGGUAUCAUGGUAUAAAUGUAAUGGUUUCCCAACUGUUGUAAUUGUUCUUUUCCUGUGUCAAAUACAGAAUGCAGUCAGCCCCUUUUCAGUAACUUCUGUUCAUCAGCCCAUGUUUUUCUGGGCAGUAACUGCUAGAAGGCUUUUCUUAGUAAUUGUAUAGCAAGAAUAUCUUAUCUGGGCUCAUGUUGCAAAGGUGGGUGGUCUGUCAUUGCUUUCUGGCUAAUUGAGUUGAUGGAUUUAAGAUAAGCCUUUGGGGUUCCUUGCCACUGUUUCCUGGGCUCUGAGGAAGGGUUGGACCUUCGUACUCUCAGUGUUUUGAGUAUUUUUUCAAAUGUUUGUAAGUUCUCAUGCACUCCUCUAGUAAAAAUGAAAGCUUUCUGUCAGGAAAUGGCUUUGGAUAGUUUGGAGAUCUGGGGGGGAGGGCAGCGGGGGAAAUAAGUACACCUGAGACCUUCAAUUGGUCUUUUAUUUAUUGAGAAUAGAAAGUAGUUUGAUAAGCAACCGGAGUUAGUGCUGCUUUAAAAAUACUCUCUGAAAAGAUGGAACUGCUCCUCAGGAAAGCUAUAAAAGCUUUUCCCAGGACAUUGCAAUUGCUUUUGAUUUUUGGUCCUUUGGAACAAACGUCUGAUGUUAUGUUUUUAGAGCUCUGGAGGAAAAUGUCUAAAACUUUUACGGGAUUUUAUUUAAACAAAGAUUAUUGGGCUGGAUCUUGUGGGAGCCGGGUUCUAGGGCAGUUGUCCAGUUCUUCUUCUGUUGUCCUGGCAGUAAAGCGGGUAGUGAGUUCUAUCUCGAAGAGUAAUUUACUUAUUUCAUACUGACGCCGUAAGACAUGAGCCUCCGGGGCUACCCUGGGGAUACUCCCCUGCACCGUGACAUAUUACUGUUUUUGUAGACAGGGCUAAACCUGGAUGACUCUGAAUUUAGAGUUUUUCUCCUCAUAUACCAGCUGCUAAAAGAAAAACUGUGACUUGUAAUCCUGUCUUGGAAAUUACUCCUAAUGUUAAGUUCACCUAACCCCUUCCUGUUUAGGGAGGAUUGCUGCUAGUAACAUCAGUUUGCAUUGUUCUGCUUUAGAUAUGUGCCAUAUGGGAGUCUGGA